CUGAUAGCUGCAGUGGGCUGCCCCACGAUCACCCAAAGAGCGAUAGGACAAAGCCGACUGCACCGUCUUCUUUCUUGUUGGAUACGCCUUGAUAUCAGUGAGCGAGCCUUUUAUAUACACUCCUUCUCUUUAGGCGGUCCAAAUUUGGUCGAAUUGAAGAUGCUACCACCCUCGUCGCCCAUCGCAUUCCCCUCCAGCCCGCCGCCCGCAACCGCAACCGCAACCGCAACCGCAAAACGGCCUCGCGACUCCGAUGCUCCCAAGCCCGCAAAACCCCGCGCUCUGGGUGGCUUCCUCUCUGACUCUGACGACGACCAUGUCUCUCUGGAGCGAUCUCCGAAGCGACGAAUGCUACAGCACGACAUCCAGGCAGAUACCCAGACAACCGAGCCCCCGCUUCUCAGUCAGCUAGCGAUCGAUGAAGACCCCGAAGAAGAAACAGAACGAUAUGAGCGCCUAUUCGGUACAAGAACAACAGCCUCGGCGCUCCCUACGACUUUGCUCAGCGAUUUCCUCAACACGCCCUCCUACCGCAUCUCGACAUGUUCCGGCAAAUCCAUCCCUCUCCGGGAGCGCAAACCAACAGAGCCAGUCUCCUACGAGACAAUGGUAGCAGCAAGAUCGCGGACAAAAGAAGGCCGGGCCAAGAAGAGCUAUUACGGAAUUGAUAUCCACGAACUUAUCGACGACGCAACAAAAGAGAUUGCCGAAGCGCACAAAGCAGCCGCCACGACUCCCAUCACCCCUCCCACCAACCCAGACAGGCCCGUACGAUCGGUCGAAGAACAUACAACAAAUACCAAGAAGCACAAGAAGAGCCUGUUAUGGACAGAGAAAUACCGUGCCCGGACAUUCAUGGACCUAGUUGGCGAUGACUUGACCAACAGGCAGGUGCUUCGCUGGCUUAAGCGAUGGGACCCCAUAGUAUUCCCACAUGCCGCAAGAAGCAAGCCAUCACGGCGACAUGGCGCACAAGGACAACCGCAGCAGCCAGAGGAGGAAAAGCCACAUCGGAAAAUCCUCAUGUUGACUGGCCCGCCUGGUUUGGGCAAAACGACCCUAGCGCAUGUGUGCGCGCGACAAGCUGGUUAUGAAGUUAUGGAGAUCAACGCAAGUGACGACAGAAGCAAGGACGUGGUCAAAGGGCGGAUUCGGACAAGUCUCGGAACGGAGUCAGUCAAGACGGUAGAGAACAAGAAGCCCGAGACAGGAAAACAACAGAAGAUUGCUCGACCGGUGUGCGUAGUAGUUGAUGAAGUCGAUGGUGUCGUUAGUGGCUCGGGAGGGUCUGGUGAGGGCGGUUUCGUCAAAGCCUUGAUCGAUCUGGUGCUCCUUGAUCAAAAAAACAGUUCUGGGGCCGGGGCCUCUUCUGCGGCUGGUCGGAAAAAGAAGAAGGGGGAUGACUUCAGACAGAUGAGACCUCUUAUCCUGAUCUGCAAUGAUGUUUACCACCCGUCGCUUCGGCCGCUACGCCAAUCAGGCCUUGCUGAAAUCAUUCACGUAGGCAAGCCUUCCGUGGAGGCAGUAGUCACACGUCUCAAGACUGUCUUUGAAAAGGAGGGAAUCCCGUGCGAAAAGGACGCUGCGCGCAAGCUCUGUGAGGCCGCAUGGGGAAUGACCAGCGGUAUUGACGCCAAGCGAGGAGCCGAGGGCAAUGCCGAGGGUGAUCUUCGCGGCAUCAUGGUCGUGGGAGAGUGGGUUGCCGGCCGGUUACGAGCAACCAUUACGAGCACACCGGUUCUUACGAGGCAAUGGAUUGAUCAAAAUAUCGUCCAGGACCUCGCUCACGGUGGUGGAGGUGCCCGCGGUCUAGGUCGCGGUGGCGUCAAAGAGAUUGUAAACCGUAUCUUCCAAGAAGGCGGUGGCUUCCCCAAGCCAGUUCUAUCACAGGCUGAGCAACCAAAGUAUGCCAAGCACGAACAACCGCAGGCAAAUCUCGGCUUCUCAGAGCAGCGGAAGAAGUAUGCGAUGGCGCGAUUAAGGGAGAUGAUUGACACGAGCGGCGAGGUCGACCGUAUCAUGACCGAGAUCUUCAGCGAGUAUCCCAACCGUGAGUUCAAUGACGACUCCUUCCUCACCAAGCCCGAUUCAGCUUAUGAGUGGAUGCACUUCCACGAUACAUGUUCAACGCGGUUGUACUCCAGUCAGGAGUGGGAGUUAGGCCAAUACAUCUCCCAGCCACCUUUGGCAUGUCAUCACUUAUUCGCUUCCCCUAAACGACAUCAGCCUCAGAACACCGAAAGGAAGUGGGGUGACGUAAUGGAGGAAGCCGAAGCACCUCCACUGCCCUUUAGCGGUCCAAGAGCAAACUUUGAGGCGCACGAGGCGGAGAAGGUGAACAGAGCAGCGCUGCAGGGGCUUCAAGGGCAGCUGCCCCCUAGUCUUCAUCGUCUGUUCCGCAGCCCUGAGGAUAUCUCCACACAUUUCCUGCCAUAUCUUGUCCGUCUGGUAUCGCCCGACGUGAAGCCCGUCGUAGUCGGUGGCAGCGACAAAAGCGGGGCGGUAGCGAGUGUAAGGAGGGAAGGCGAGAAGGCUAUGGUCAGGAGAGCGGCUCAAGUACUCGCCGAGGUGGGUAUCGCUUUGCAAAAGGGGAAGAUUGAGCCGGAUCCGACGCUUGGGCAGCAGUACCGGACACAAUGGGUGUAUCGCAUGGAACCAGACCUUGACACGCUCGCAACCUUUGAGACAGCCGGCGCCCUCGUCCUAGCCUCUCAAGCGCCAACGCGAUAUGCCGUCCGCCAAGUUCUAGACCAAGAGUUACAAAAGACCAUGGCAAUGCGCGAGAACGCUGCCAGGCAAGCGCGGAUGAACAAUGGGCAGACUAACUCUACUUUCAAGCCCCACGCUGCUGCUUCUCUCAACGUCAUGGACCUCGACGCUAACAAGGAGAAUAUGGCCAUGUUGGCCGAUCAAAAGGAAGUUAAAAGAGACUUCUUUGGUCGGGUGAUUGUGGAAAGGAAGAAGGGUGUCAACGCUUUGGGUGAGAAGAAUGGGGAUGCUACCGCCGCCGCUGGCGGGGGCGAUGGCAAGGAAAGCAGGAGGAAGGGAAGAGGCGACGUGGCCGGCGAUGAGAAGGACAUCAAGGUGUGGGUCACCUAUCAUGAAGGGAUCAAUAAUGCUGUCCGGAAACCGAUCUCGUUGGAGGAGUUCAUGAGAGGAUUCUAAUGUUAUUGGGUUUGCGAAGCCUGAGAGGGUCGCUUCUGUCCCUUAUACAUGAGGACUCAAGAGUCAAGACGUCCCCCUUUACCAUACGACAUCAUGUUGAGAGGUAGUAUUCUUGUCAAAUCCAUUCAGACCCGCUGGCCCUUCCACAUGUCCUCUUCCUCUCCUACAACUUUCAGCUGACCUGGUUUUCGGCCGGAGUUUGAACCGGCUUUGUGGCCCUUUUUCUUUUCGCUCUCUCACAAUUUGUUUGUGUAAUUCCCUUUUCGUAUUUUUGUGUUUAUCCUCAUUAUAUUCU